AUGUACAUGGGCUCCAGCACUAACUCAAGCGUACGAAACCAAUCCUGGCUGCUUAAAAGUCGGACAACACGACAGCAAUGCACAGAGAGCGACCCUGGCACAUCGCAGCCGCCGACAUUAAACUUAUCGCAAGCCGACAGAGGACGACACAUGCAGAGCACAAGACCGCCCGCGGCCGCAACACGCAGCAAGAAGCCGCAAAGAGGCACAACCCCGAGACACCCGAGCGGGAAAUACCGCACAGAUGAAACUCCUAGGUGGAGGCUCACCCCAGGCCCGGGGUGCGGCGCUGCCCCCCCCCCCUUGGCCGGUGGGGGUUAUACCGGCCAUUUGGCGGUGACCCGUGACACGACAGGGGCUCCCGCGUGGAGUGUGCGUUUGCCGCCUACACUGGCAAAGGCUGUGGAAGAACCAGCAAGCCAGCAGAAGAAUACACAGACACGGAGGGGAAAAGAAAGCUCUGGAAGAGUGACAUACAGAUCCCAAACUGCUCAUUGCCAGAAAAAACAGCCCACCAAGGGCCUGGAUGAGAUAAUCGGGAACUGA